AUGCGGAGCUGGCGUCUGUGGCUCACUCUGGGCUUGGCAGAUGCUGACUACGCGUCGACUUUGAAGUGGCUGAGAGAAUGCGGCGGCAGGGUGGGCGUGGCUGUGGGGCGACCACAGACCUGCAGCGAUUGCGGCCUGGGCCUCCUGGCGGAGAAAGGAAUCGCUGGGCGGGUGCUGCUGUCGGUGCCCUCGAGGUGUGUCCUCUUCGAGGACAACCUCCUGCCAGAGUCGCAGGACUUGCAGGCCCUCGCCGAGCACCUGAGAACCAACCUGACGGCCAAGGCGGCGACUAGCAACAAGCUGCUGCUGGCGGUCUUCCUGAUGCAGCAGCUGGUGGCUCCUCAGCCCGUGAAACGCUUCGCAGCCUACCUGACGGACUUGCGGAGCAGCGUGCAGCGGACGAUCCAAGCCAUUCCACUGUACUGGGCGGCAGAAGAUCAGGAGGAGCUGCGAGGCACCUCCGCCGCCUCGGAGCUGCCCAAGAUGCGGCGAGCCAUUGCCAAGGAGUUUGAGGUUGUGUCGCUGGUGCUGCCUCACCUCAAGCACCAGCUGCUGGAAUUCCAGGCAGCCUAUGUCUUCGUGGCCUCGAGGUCCUUCACGCUGGACGUUUCAAACGGAGUGGCGCAGGCGGCGCUCUUUCCAGUGAUCGACCUGGCCAACCAUCUCUGGCCGAAGGACACCUAUGAUCAGCACGACUCGGGCGAAGCGGCUGCGGUGGAGUUCCAGCACAGGCCCAAAGCGGGCACUUUCGAGGUGCUGCUGCGCUCGCAGCAGCCUCUAGGCGCGGGCGACGAGGUCACUGUCAGCUACGGACCUUUCAGCAAUAGCCACAUGCUCUUGCGCUACGGCUUCGUUACGCCCUGGCUCCACACCAGGACCUGCCUGACCAAGGUGAAGCUGCAGUUGCAGGCCGAGGAUGCCCGAGCUCCGGGGAUCCUCUUCGCACUGGACAAGUGCCCAGGCACCUGGCACCAAGCCCUCGCCUUCUUCCGCCUCUGGCGCUGCCGGCGCUGCCGGCCCUCCGACGCGGACGCGGAGGCGAAGAGACGCCUGGCGCAGUGCGGGGUGGAGGUGGAGAAAGCCCCGAAGGCCUGGCGCCUGGAUGUGUCCUGCGGGCUUCUGGAGCGCGAUGAGGAGAUGAACGCCGUGGUCGACCUGGAGCUGGCGCUGCAAGCGGCGGUGCGGCGGUAUGCAGGCGGCUCACUGAAGAAGGAGGAGCGAUUGCUGGGCGGCAAGCUGCGCAGCCACCAGCGCGUGGCGGUGGUGUUGCGGCGGGACGAGAAGCACACGCUGCAAGCGGUGCAAGAGGAGGUCAGCGGGGCCAAGGUACGCCUCUCCCGCCUUGCGGGAUGGAGGUCCUACCUGGACGAAGGAUCCAAGGACGAGCUCUGA